CACCCGGAGGCGCCGUGUGCUGAAGUUUACUGGGAGAGACAAGCAUGGCCAGCUGCUCUGGGUGUGGUCCGGGCUACAGCAGCCCCCUGGAGGCCAUGAAGGGACCUCGGGAGAAGAUUGUGUACCUGCCCUGUAUCUACAGAAACACAGAGACCCUGAAACCAGACUAUCUGAGCACUGUGGACGUGGACCCAGACUCCGACACCUACUGCCAGGUGAUCCACCGCCUGCCCAUGCCCAAUGUGAGGGACGAGCUGCACCACAGCGGCUGGAACACCUGCAGCAGCUGCUUUGGGGAUGCCUCCAAAACACGCAACCGCCUCAUCCUGCCCUCCCUCAUCUCCUCCAGGAUCUACGUCAUCGACAUCAGCCAGCCCCGGGCCCCGCGCAUACACAAGAUGGUGGAGCCGGUGGACCUGUACUAUAAGUGUGGCCUGGCCAACCCUCACACGUCCCACUGUUUGGCCAGUGGUCAGAUCAUGAUCAGCUGCAUGGGAGACCCCUCCGGGUCCGGCAAAGGGGGCUUUGUGCUGCUGGAUGGUGAGACGUUCGAGGUGACUGGGAACUGGGAGCACCCAGGUGAAGAAGCUCCAUUCGGGUAUGACUUCUGGUACCAGCCCCGGCACAAUGUGAUGAUGAGCACUGAGUGGGGGACGCCUCGGGCCCUUAUCAACGGCUUUGACCCCAAACACGUCCAGCAAGGACAUUAUGGCCAGAGGAUCCAUGUGUGGGAUUGGACCACACAUCGGAAGCUGCAGACCCUGGACUUGGGUGAAGAUGGCGCUAUUCCCCUGGAGAUCCGAUUCCUGCACAACCCGGACGAGCGUCAGGGCUUUGUGGGCUGUGCGCUCCGCUCCAACGUGUUCCGCUUCUACAGAACUGAGGAAGGCCAAUGGGAAGCAGAGAAAGUCAUCAAUGUUCCCAGUAAGAAGGUGGAAGGCUGGAUGCUGCCGGAGAUGCCAGGCUUGAUCACAGACAUCCUCAUCUCCUUGGACGACCGAUUCCUCUAUUUCAGCAACUGGCUCCACGGAGAUGUCCGGCAGUAUGACAUCACUGACCGCCGGAAGCCACGAUUGGUUGGACAGGUGUUUCUUGGGGGCAGUCUGGUGAACGAUGGUCCAGUCAAAGUGCUCCAUGAUCCGGAGAACCGCGGCCAGCCGGACCCUCGCAUCAUUAAAGGGAAGCGUAUACCUGGAGCUCCACAGAUGCUGCAGCUGAGUCUGGACGGGAAGAGGCUGUACGUGACCACGUCUCUGUACAGCGGCUGGGACAAACAGUUCUACCCCGACAUGCUGCGGGAGGGCUCGGUGAUGAUGCAGAUUGACGUGAACACAGAGAAGGGAGGUCUGACUCUGAACGAGGACUUCCUGGUGGACUUUGGGAAAGAGCCGGACGGUCCGUCUCUGGCUCACGAGCUGCGCUACCCCGGAGGAGACUGCACCUCUGACAUCUGGAUCUGAUCUCCUCAAAGCACACUUAUGCAACGCAACGCACGCUCACAGCGCUCCACAUGCACACUGUAUUGAUACUUUGCGCUGACUUCAAGCUGGGAGGGUUCUGCAUGUAUGUCUAUGGUGGCAUGUUCAGCAGUUACCACUGACUGAAAACUACAUAUGUUUGGAUUUAAACAACAAAUGUUCAUCAAUAUGAGCAUUCAGGUUCCUGUUUUAGGUGAUUAUCAACAAAAACAGUGACUGACAGUGACUCACCUGUUGUAGUUCGAGCUAAGUCAGUUCUUUAUGGUCAAACUGUGCUAAAUCGUCAUUUAUCCUCCACGUACAUCUCUCAGUUUAACACUGACUCACAAAAGGUAUAUUUACACCAUGAUCUUCUCUUGGCAUACCAUUGUCUAAACUGUGGCUGGCCUCAUAGUCUCACCACACUUUCUUUAUAAACCUCGUCCUUUAGAAGCUUAGGAAAGGGGCUUGAAAAUUCAGAGAUGUUCACUUUUGAAAUCAUACUAUGUUGACUUUUCAAGUCCCCCAGGCCUGUAUUAUUGAUGGUAAAUAAACUUCUCCUGCUUAAGACGUCCAGUUGGUCUCCAGCCUUUUACUUCCACCCUUUGGACAAGCUGAAAACUUCUACAACAGCUUCACCCCCCAGGGAAUGUUGAAUGACAUCAGGAGCAAAGUAUCAAUACAAAUGCCGCUUUAUCAAAUGAAACUCUAAUGUAUCUCCACUGCACCUGUCACAGCAGGUGGCAGGUGCGUGCAUAGAUCUAACACAGUCUUAUGAGGUGAUCAUUUGCUUUGCUUUGCACUUUUGCCUUGUUUUCUUUGUAAUGACCAAAUCACAGAGACCACAGUGUUAUUGUGUCAGGAGCACGGACAAGAUGAUUCAUUGUCAAAUAAAACAGAAGUCUGAGA